AUGGCGGGAGAGGCCCCCAUGCAGGACACGCAGGGCCCCCGGGCCAGCAGCCCCAGGGAUCCCAGACACGAGUGGAGACAGAGCCUGUGUCGGGGCGAGCUGGACUUUGGAGGGUAUGGGAAGAAACGUGGGAAGUUUGUGAAGGUGCCCAGUGAGGCGGACCCCGCUGCCCUCUACAACCUCAUGCUGGCUGAGUGGCACCUGCCGGCCCCCAACCUGGUGGUGUCCCUAGUAGGCGAGGAGCGGCCGUUCACCAUGAAACCCUGGCUCAGGGAUGUUCUGCGGAAGGGGCUGGUGAAGGCAGCACAGAGCACAGGGGCCUGGCUCCUCACCAGCGCACUUCGAGUGGGCCUCGCCCGGCACAUGGCGCAGGCUGUGCGAGACCACUCGCUGGCCAGUACGUCCGCCAAAGUCCGCGUGGUGGCCAUCGGCAUGGCCCCACUGGGCCGGGUCCUGCACCGCCAGCUUCUGGAGGACUUUAAGGAGGACAUCCCAAUCCAUUACCCAGAAGAUGCCAGCGACAGCCAGGGCCUGCUGUGUCCCCUGGACAACAAUUACUCACACCUCAUCCUCGUUGGGGACAGCACCCCCAGGACAGCGGACGGAUCCACAGAGCUGCGGCUGCGGUUGGAGAAGCACAUCUCAGAGCAGAGGACAGGCUACGGCGGCACUGGCAGCAUUGAGAUCCCAGUCCUUUGCCUGUUGGUCAACGGGGACCCCAGCACCCUGGAGAGGAUCUCUCAGGCCCUGGAGCACGAGACCCCAUGGCUGAUCCUGGCAGGUUCGGGUGGCAUCGCUGACAUCCUCACAGCACUGAUGAACCAACCCCACCUUCUGGAGCCCCAGAUGGCUGAGAAGCACUUUAAGGAGAAGUUCCCCAGCGAGCACUUUUCCUCGGAGGACAUGGAGCACUGGACCAGCCUGCUGCAGACUAUCACCAGGCAGCAGCAUCUGCUGACCGUGUACGACUUUGAGCAGGACGGCUCCGAGGAGCUUGAUACGGUCAUCCUGAAGGCGCUGGUUAAAGCCUGCAGGAACCACAGCCAGGAGGCCCAGCACUACCUGGAUGAGCUCAAGCUGGCGGUGGCCUGGGGCCGUGUGGACAUCGCCAAGAAUGAGAUCUUCAAUGGAGACGUGGAGUGGAAGUCCCGCGACCUGGAGGAGGUGAUGAUGGACGCUCUGGUCAAUGACAAGCCUGAGUUCGUGCGCCUCUUCGUGGACAACGGCGCGGACGUGGCGGACUUCCUGACCUACGGCCGGCUGCAGCAGCUGUACCGCGCCGUGUCCCCCAAGAGCCUGCUCUUCGAGCUGCUGCAGCGCAAACUCGAGGAAGGCCGCCUGACGCUGGCCGGCCUGGGCGCACAGCAGGCCCGCGAAGCGCCCGACGCGCUGCCCGCCUUCUCCCUGCACGAGGUCUCCCGCGUGCUCAAGGACUUCCUGCACGAUGCCUGCCGGGGCCUCUAUCAGGCCAAGGGGACGCGGGGGCCGGCGGAGAAGGCUUCAGCAAAGAGGUCAACGGGGCAUAAGUGGCCACUGGACCUGAACCAUAAGAGUGAGGACCCCUGGCGCGACCUGUUCCUGUGGGCUGUGCUGCAGAACCGCCAUGACAUGGCCACCUACUUCUGGGCAAUGGGCCAGGAGGGUGUGGCCGCUGCGCUGGCUGCGUGCAAGAUCCUCAGAGAGAUGUCCCACCUGGAGACGGAGGCCGAGGUGGCCCGCACUAUGCGUGAGGCCAAGUACGAGCAGCUGGCCCUGGACCUGUUCUCCGAGUGCUACAGCAACAGCGAGGAGCGGGCGUUCGCGCUGCUCGUGCGCAGGAACCGCAGCUGGGGCAAGACCACCUGCCUGCACCUGGCCGCCGAGGCCGACGCCAAGGCCUUCUUCGCCCACGACGGUGUGCAGGCCUUUCUCACACGAAUCUGGUGGGGGGACAUGGCCGCUGGCACCCCCAUCCUGUGUCUGCUGGGUGCCUUCAUCUGUCCUCCCCUCCUCUACACCACUCUGAUCACCUUCAGCAAGGAGGACCCACUGAAGGCACACCCGGAGGCCCUACAGGAGCUGGACAGCCUGGACACCGAGAGGAGCCUGCUCUGCAGCCCUGGCAGCAGGAUGGACGAGCUGGAGGAGUCGCAGAAAGCUCUGCACCACCCUGGGGGGCCUUGGGCUGCCUCCCUGCUCACCCGCUGGCGGAAGUUCUGGGGAGCACCCGUGACCGUGUUCCUGGGGAACGUGGUGAUGUACUUCGCCUUUCUCUUCUUGUUCACCUUCGUCCUGCUGGUGGACUUCCGGCCACCGCCCCAGGGGCCCUCGGCUCCCGAGGUCGCCCUGUACUUCUGGGUCUUCACUCUGGUGCUGGAGGAGAUCCGACAGGGCUUCUUCACCGACGAGGACACGAACCUGAUGAAGAAGUUCACCAUCUACGUGGAAGACAACUGGAACAAGUGUGACAUGGUGGCCAUCUUCCUGUUCAUCGUUGGUGUCACCUGCAGGAUGCUGCCGAAGGUGUUCGAGGCCGGCCGCACCGUGCUGGCCAUUGACUUCAUGGUGUUCACACUGCGCCUUAUCCACAUCUUCGCUGUCCACAAGCAGCUGGGGCCCAAGAUCAUCAUCGUGGAACGCAUGAUGAAGGACGUCUUCUUCUUCCUCUUCUUCCUGAGCGUGUGGCUCGUAGCCUACGGCGUGACCACACAGGCCCUGCUGCACCCGCACGACAACCGCCCAGACUGGAUCUUCCGCCGCGUGCUCUACCGUCCCUACCUGCAGAUCUUCGGCCAGAUCCCUCUGGAUGAGAUCGAUGAAGCCCGAGUGAACUGCUCCGCUCACCCCCAGAUGCUGGGGGGUUCACCUUCCUGCCCCAACCUCUACGCCAACUGGCUGGUCAUCUUGCUCUUGGUCACCUUCCUGCUGGUCACCAACGUUCUGCUCAUGAACUUGCUCAUCGCCAUGUUCAGCUACACCUUCCAGGUGGUGCAGGGCAACGCCGACAUGUUCUGGAAAUCACAGCGCUACAGCCUGAUCGUGGAGUACCAUGAGCGCCCCUCGCUGGCACCGCCCUUCAUCAUCUUCAGUCACUUGAGCCUGCUGCUCAAGAGGGUGUUCCACAAGGGGGCAGAGCUUCCGGGGCGACGCCUAGAGAAAGACCUUCCGGACCCCCUGGACCAGAAGAUCGUUACAUGGGAGACGGUUCAGAAGGAGAACUUUUUGAGCAGCCUGGAGAAGAGGCGGAAAGAGAGCACCACGGAGGUGCUGCGGAAGACGGCCCACAGGGUGGACGUGGUGGCCAAGUGCCUGGGUGGGCUGCGAGAGCAGGAGAAGCGCAUCAAGGGCCUGGAGUCACAGAUCAACAACUGUGUGAUGCUACUGUCCUCUGUGGUCAAGACACUGGCGAGGGACCGUGGUCUGGGGAGUGCCCAGAACUGCAGUGACAGCAGUGGGGGCCAGCAGCCCUCUGUGGACUAUGAAGGGAACCCCAGCAGUGGGGAGCACCUGGAAGCUGGGAAGCCACCUUCUGAUACCUGA